UUCCCACUGUAUGCAGGGACGAUUCAAAUUCAGAGGUGCAAAUGGCAAAGUCAAACGUAAUUGCUCUCCUGACCAUUUAUUUUCAGCGUGUUUGAUUGCAUAGGCUAAAUAGAUGCGUGAAUUGCUAGGAUAUAGCCUACACAAUCUAUCAGUGAGGUGACGUAGGUUGUUGUUUUAGUAUCAAGAAAAUGAGGACAAACGUGACAUUUCUGACGUACGUUUGGAAAUGCACAUCAAAAUAUGUCACGUUGAAUAACAGUCACACUCGUCACUCUUGCAAAACCAUAGUUAGACCACACUGUGUUAGUACUAGUCGGUCUAGUGAGAAAAAAUGGUUGAAGCCAUCGGGAUCUGAUACAGGAAUAAAGGUAUACAACAGCCUAACCAAACAGAAAGAGCCACUUAUAUUGGCUGAUGAGGGGAUCGCCAAAUGGUACUCCUGUGGACCUACUGUGUACGACCAUGCGCAUCUUGGACAUGCGUGCUCCUAUGUUAGAUUUGACAUUCUGCAAAGGAUUCUGUCAAAAGUUUUUGGAAUAAAUGUUAUCCACGUCAUGGUCAUCACUGAUAUUGAUGAUAAAAUCAUAAGGAGAAGUGCAGAGGAGAACAUCUCUCCCACCGUGCUUGCCAGAAUGUAUGAGGAGGACUUCAAACAGGACAUGUUAUCCAUGAAGGUUAUUCCUCCUGUUGUUUAUAUGCGUGUGACUGAGAACAUUGCCCAUAUUGUGGCAUUCAUCGAACGCAUCAUACAAAAUGGACAUGCCUACGCAACAGCGAGUGGAGAUGUUUACUUCGAUGUGGGUUCUAUAGGUCACCGCUAUGGCAAACUUAUGAACCUAGGAGACACAGUUGGAGAAUCAGAGGGGACAAAUAAACGGGAUAUCAGGGACUUCGCACUAUGGAAGGCAUCUAAACCGCAAGAGCCUUUCUGGGAGUCACCAUGGGGACCUGGAAGGCCCGGGUGGCACAUUGAAUGUUCCACUGUUGCUAGCUCUGUAUUUGGGAGUCAGCUGGACAUCCAUUCGGGAGGAAUCGAUCUCGCCUUCCCUCACCAUGAGAAUGAGAUUGCCCAGUGUGAGGCUCAUCAUCUGUGCCAACAGUGGGGCAACUACUUUCUGCACUCCGGUCAUCUUCAUUUAAAAGGAGGUGUAGAGAAGAUGUCAAAGUCUUUGAAGAAUUAUAUAACUAUUAAGGAUUUUCUACAGUCCUAUACAGCAAAUGAAUUUCGUGUGUUCUGUCUCUUAACAAAAUACAGAUCAGGAAUAGAGUACAGUGAUGAAAGCAUGAAUGAAGCACGCAGUUCAAUGGCCACAAUCUCUUCUUUUACCCAUAAUGCUCAGGCUUACAUUCUGGGCCAUUUGUUGUGCCAACCUAUAGAGGAGACAGUGCUUUGGGAGAGGCUAGCUUCUACGCAAACCAUUGUGCGGGCUGCUUUGGCUGAUGAUUUUGACACACCAAGAGCAGUGGAUGCCAUCAUGAACCUUAUUCACCAAUGCAACUCCCAGCUUCAGACUGUCUCUAAGACUGCAGGACUGUCAAGGAGUCCAGCUGUGUUUGGGGCCGUACUCUCCUACAUUAGGGAAACAAUGGAGGUAUUUGGAGUUGACCUGCUGGACAGAAAGGUCUCUAGCAGUGAAGAUAGCUCCAGAGUCCUUGAGAAUGUGGUGGAACAGUUGGUGCAUUUCCGCAGAGAAAUACGCAACUUUGCUCUCGAGCCUGUUGCUGGUGGCUCGUCUGGUACGCCGAACAAGAAGAAGCGGUUACAUCCAGAUCGGUUACCUCUGCUGACAGCAUGCGAUGCCUUACGGAACGACCUGACUCCAUUAGGGGUUCAUAUCAAAGACAGAGGCACCACCUCCACUUGGGAGAUCACACAGUUAAGAAGAGGCAAGGAAGAGAAAAAAUAGCUGUCUAUUGCUUGUGAACGCGUUUUAACAAAUCUUGUGUUAUGUUGGGGUGAUGUACAUAACAGCAACAGAUGACUGUAGUAGUUGUCUUUUUCCUGUGUCUAUGAUGUUGUUGGGACAGCCGUUUAGUGAAACAGUGUUUUUCCGGUCCAAUAAACUAUUUGUGUCAUUAAACUACAAGUAUAUAUAC